AGAUCCCAUUCCCCGACAAUGAAUGUUUUUCGAGGUCUUUCGCUUUGCUUUUUCGGUGGCUACAUUCUCCUUCUCAUUCAGCCCCUCACAGCCGCCUACACGUUCGCCCCAAACCAGACCCUCACAUGCGCCCUGCUGGUCACAAACACGACUGCAUCCACCCUCGCAGCAUCCGAGAACCGAUUCAGCAUGGUCCUCUCGCCGCAAGCAAGCUCCCUGCCGCAGACAAUCGCCGCCCUCCCGGCUGGUGGCACACUCGACAUCAGUGGCAAGGUGACGGGGCUCAACGUCAAGCUGGGGGAGUAUCUUGCCAAGGAGGCGGGGAUCCCCUUCCGUCUGCUGGCCUACCGGAUGCCUGACAGCCUGUUCGGGACGACUGACAGCGUGUUGCAGCUGCGGCAUGUCUUUGGCGAAUUGGGGCCCGAGAGCGGGAUUGACUGCCUGGUGGACAGCAUCUUCUUGACAGAGGAGAGGAGGGAGAUCACCUCGUUCCUAGCUCCACACGUACGCUACGCACCAUCAUCACAUCACCCCACACACACACACAUCUCGCAACCGCACCAAAUAGUGUCGUUGCCUGUCUGUCUGGUCUGUCUGGUCUGUCUGGUCUGUCUGGUCUGUCUGGUCUGUGUGGCUGUGUGUGCAGGUGCUGUACUCGUAUCAGGUGGUGACCCUGCGGCGGCGCAAGGCGCAGACGGCCGUGUGGGCCAAGAUCCUGACCAUGUUCACGCCCUUCAACGAGUGGGUGUGGGGGUGGAUCAUGAUCACCGUCCUAUGCUCGUCACUCGUCUACUAUGUCCUCGAACGAAAGGAAAACGACCUGGACUUCGGAGAGCCCACCAUUGCCGAAAACCUCUGGUAAGGUCAGAAAGAGGGGAGGGGGGCAUUGUUUGUUUAAGUGUCGCGUCUUCUUAUCUGUGUGCGUGUGUGUCAGGAAUUCGCUGUUUUUCGGCUUUGCAACUUUCACGCAGCUGAUCACCUAUGCGCCACGGACCCCUGUGGGCCGGCUGUUCUACCUCUCGUACACGUUCUUCAUCCUCGGUACGCACCCACACACCACCACAACCAAGUGCCGUCCGAUGCUGAUCCCGCCAGUAUGCCUGCGUGUGUGUGUCUCUCCCAGUCGUUCUGUCGUCUUACACGGCCAACCUGGCGGCCUUCUUUGGGAAGAAAGACGUCAUCGAGGGAGCGGAGUCGCUCAAGGACCUCCUGGCAAAGAAACUGUGUGUCGCCAAGCAGCACCCGUCACACCGUCAGUGGGUCUCUGAACACCUGCCCGCCACCAAGAUUGUCCAGGUCGAUUCCGUCAAGUCAGUCGGGGGCGCAGGGACGCACCACACCGAGACACUGAGACAUACCUACAUCGCAUUUAUCGAGACACACAACAUGUAUCGUACCAUGUUUUAUUCUCUGUUGUGUUCAGGUCGAUAAUGGAGUCGGUGAGAGAUGGGAGGUGUGCGGGUGGCCUGAGCACCGACCUGCACCUGAGGGGCGCCUUCCUGCUGGGCGACUUCUGCGACCUCACCCUGCAGGGACAGCCGCUCAACCUCGGCUACUACGCAAUACCCUUCAGAUACAUCAGGGUGCGUAGGGAGGGAGGGAGGGAGGGAGGCACGUCAGCCAGCCAUCCAUCCAUCUAUUCAUCCCUCUGUUUGUGUGUGUCGUGCAGACGGCCCCGUCGUAUUCGAUCAACUCUCCAGAGGCGUACGACGCCCUCAACACGCUGCUGGUGCGUGCCUUGUCGAGCGGCGCCCUGCUGGACCUGCUGACCCUCUAUAUGCCCCCCAACCCCACCGCACUCCUCUGCAAAGACACCGCGGACGAGGAGAGCGAUGGAGACGACGUCACCACACUGACCUUCUACGACAUGGCGGGCAUCUUCGCCAUCCACGCCUUGCUGACCGUCUUCGUCAUCGCGCUCUUCUCGCUGGGCUAUGGCGGGAAAGCGGCCGCCUCCUACUUUGCUACUGUACACCAAGGAGACGGCGGGGAGGGGUCGCUCUUUAGAAGGUUCGCCACCAACAUCGCCGCGCAGAACCACAAGCUCGUGUCUCUCUUCGCACAGCUGUCGGCCGCCAUCAGGUCACCCAGUCCCUCACUCACUCACCUGCAGAUGAACGUACGUACGACCAUUCGCCUGUGUGUGUGUGUGUGCGUCCGUCCUCAGGGGUGUGGACCCAGAAGAGGUCAGGGCCGAGUUGGACAAGGACGAGGAUCUCCAGGCUAUGCAGGAGACACUGAACACCCUCCGCAGUUCGCAGGCCAUUCGCGCAUCGCUCCGCCUGUCGGUCGUCUCACCCACCACCCACCACACCGUUGAUGGAGGGGCGCCGGUCGUGGCAUCCCCCCGCAGUGACGCCUUUUCGUGGCUGCGCACGGGGUUCGGCAAGCUGACCAGACCACUGGCCGACGCACAGGCACAGAUGCAGCACAGACAUGGCGAGGCUACGGGCAGGGAGGCGGGCAGGAGGGGGGGCGGCCGGCGAAUGGGCGAUCGCCCGGCGGUGGGGGUGGAUAGUGAGAUAGCUGACGACACGGCAGGGGGUGCGACGGGGGGAGGCAGUCCUCUUUGGCACAGAACACAUGCACAGAGGGAAAACCCGGCCGGCAUGGAAACCGCCGUCUGACUGACUGAAUGGCCGACUGGCUGACCUGCUUGACCAAUGAAAUGCGUGCAUGUGCCUUUGAGACGCUGACUGAUGUGGUGUGGGGGAUUUGGUCAUUAGGUCGUUGGUUGAUUUGAUGGAUGGAUGGCUGUGACUAAGAGACAGACAGGUGAGAGAGAGACAGGCAGUUGUAUGCAUGUGUGUGUGUGUGCGUGUGUGUGGAUGGAUGG